AUGAUGAUAUCUUUUGUAUCAAUUCUACUUUUAUGUUUAUCGAACAAGACUUUUAAUUUUCAAGAUUGCGAGUUCAGUUAAGUUCACAUGUACUCGACAAAUGUUUAAACCUAUUUUUCUCAAAAGCAAACCCUUAUAUAAAGAAAUUUGAUUUGAUAUUUUUCAUUUAGUUUUUUAUGUAGAAUUAUCCCCUGUUUGCUUGUACCACCGGCUAUAGAACAUUCUGUAUAUAUAUAUUAAAAUACAUAGAAUUCGAUUAGAGUAUAAUAAAGACAAAAUUAUUGGUUAUAUUAUUAAUCACACAUUUUUUAUAUGAAGUAGAACAAAAGUGAAGCUUAUACAUAUGUGCAGUAGAUUAUUCAAAAUGAUUCAUAAUAAAUGUAGAAAAGGAUUUUAUCCGCAUACCGAUAUUCAAAGAUUUAAAGUAGAAGAUAACAAAAUAUCAUGGAAUGUAGAAUAUCCUGAAUAUAAACCAGUUAAACAUACUUCACCUAAUAUAUUAAAUAAACCUUGGGCAGAUCCAGUACUUGAAGAUUCUUGUUUCAAACCAAAAUGGAAUGCAUUAGAUGGAUCAGUUGAUCGACGAAGUUACAUGGGAGAAUAUGUUAUAAGCGAAGAUGGUUAUCCUUUGAAUCCUGUUGGUAGAACAGGUAUAGUUGGAAGAGGCAUUUUAGGUCGUUGGGGACCAAAUCAUGCCGCAGAUCCAAUUGUUACACGAUGGAAAAGAAAUGAUAAAGAUAUGUUGGAAAAAGAUGAAACUACUAACAAACCUAUAUUGCAAUUUGUGGCUAUUUUGAGGAAAGAUUGCAAAGAGUGGGCAAUACCUGGAGGUAUGGUAGAUCCAGGAGAAAAGAUUUCUGCUACGUUGAAGCGAGAGUUUAUGGAAGAAGCUAUGAAUUUAUUAGAAAAUGAUUUUGCCAAGCGUAAAGAAAUGGAAGCAAAUAUGAAUUUAUUUUUUACCAAUGGUACUGAUAUUUUCAAGGGUUAUGUCGACGAUCCUAGAAAUACAGAUAAUGCUUGGAUAGAAACUGUGGCACAAAAUUUUCACGACGGAGAUAAUAAUACUUUCGGACAAUUACCUUUAACGGCUGGAGAUGAUGCUUGUAAUGUUAGAUGGAUGGAUGCGGAUUCUAAGCUAAGUUUGUAUGCCAGUCAUUCAUUAUUUAUACAAAAAACUGUUCAUAUACACGAUGCGCAUUGGUAAUACAAUGAUUACUUCAAAUUUAAUGUGAUAAUAGAAAAUAUUUUGUAUUGUUAAUAAAGGUGCAAUUUUUUUUAA